AACCCUGGAUAUCAGAAUAUCAGUCGUGUUGUGAUAAGAUCCCCAGAUUUUCAGAGCAGGGUUUGUUUUUACAAUAAAUAUUCCCGCGAUUUAUUAAAUAAUCAUGCAAAGUAAUUAGGUUUUUCGUGAAAUUUCGUGUGUUUUUAUUGGAAUUGUGCGGGAUUUGAGACUGAACUCCAGCUAUGUAAACGGAGGUGGGCUGUCAACUGCCUGAGCGUUGGUCGGGGGGCAUGGUUCCAGAGCGGCGUGAGACAACCCAUCAUCAUAGACCGGACUCGCAUCUCGAACAAGGGACGCUGCUUCACCAACGAUGGAGACAAAUUCCACAUGUUUGACGAUAAAAGUAUGUGCUACAGAUGCGUGGUAAUUCAUGAGAAGCAUGAAAAUGUUCUUCAGUACAAGGAAACAUUCUGCGUGCAUACCCGCGACAGUCUGCACUCUCUCUGUCAGCUGAUCACCGGAGACGCCCUUCUGUUCUCCAUGUUCCGCGAGGAUGGUGCAGCCGUAGCCUGUCCCUUCCGGGGAGGCCACACCUUCACCUACAACCGCGGCCACGGCGAGUGUCGAUAUCCGCUGUCGACCAUCGACAGUUGCACGCACGAGAGUCGACUGCUCUUUCGAUACCAGGCCUGUCCCGAUGUGCAUGCUACUGAGAGUGCUGUUGAAGAGUUACAGUGUCUAGCAACAUGGAAAGAAGGAUCUUUACGAUAUCUAGUGGGGAAAGUACAUCACAGCCAUGCCACUUCCAACGAAGAACGGUUCAGAUGUUUUGUCUGGGAAAAGGUGACACUAAAUGACGCCGAUCAGCCAUUGGACGAGGGUGGACCUCCACGUCAGCGACUGCCGGACGACAUGAGUGCAGACUACAGGGUUGCCCAAUCAGGGGAUGCCACCUGUAAUGGACUUUUCAGCCCCCUCGAGGGAUCCAAGACUAUGACGCUCAAGAAAGCGGCAGCGACGUCUAAAUGCCGAUUCCCGCCCUGGUUGACGGCGUUCACACACUGGCACACUCUGGAUUACGCACGCACCUACCUCUUCCAUCAUCGCAACACCACUCUGCAUAUUGCCAACACAACCACCACUAACGCAGCCCAGCAAGUUGGCAACAGCGACAGUGCACCACUUGGCAACAGCGCACAGCUGACAGCAGCCAGCACGCAUGCGCAGACCAUGAUGGAUGGACAACAGGACAUCAGGGUGGUCUGCACUGAGCUCAAAGCUGUUUCAACAGAAGUGGCGCAGUUGGUCGGUCAUUAUACCAUGGGCUGCCAAAAUGGUUUCAUGUGCAUGAUGUUCUACAAGAGGGACAGCCAUGUAAUUGAACUACAAACCGGUACACCAACAAGAAGAUUGGAAGAAGCAUGUACUGGUCCUUACUUUGACAGGACCACAGCCUCCUACAUCACGCUAGUCACGUCAAAUCCGGAGCAACGCAAAUGUCCGCAUUUCGGGAGAUACUCAGUGAGUGGAGUGACAAAGAGAGACCAGCUUCGCGCUCGCUCCCACGAGAUACAAUCGCAUCCCAUCGAUCUGAUUGGCACGCUCUCUCACUCCUACGCCAAUCAGAAUUAUAGGCGUUCAGCAGGCAGCAGAAAGUUGCAGAGUUUUGGGGAUGAUGAAGACGGUUGUUCACUAGAUCUGAAGACCUUGGUAGUUGGCUGCAGUGCUUCUGAUACCAUGGAAUUCCGUUCAGACUGUGAUAACAGUCCCGAGAAACCUCGUGUCACAUCUGUUUACCAAUGCCACGGAGGCUGGGUUGAGAACGGUACCCACUUCCUGAUCACUACCCCGCUGAGCCGUAGCUCCAGGGGGGCACGCCGCUACUGUUUCGCCUACGAGGCUGCUAGUGGGGGCACCACAGGUGGAGCCCAGGGGGGCCUGGGAGGUGCCCCGGGGGGGUCAGGGGGCAUCACAGGGGGCACUGUCAUACGUUUCUCUACCAGCUCCAACACGUGUACACGGGAUAGCAGUGCUGCAACUGAUAGUAAUGUGCUCGCUUUCAACAUUACUAAUCAAGGACAAUGCACCGAGACCAGCAGCUCCACCCGACUGCACACAACUGCAUGGCUGCACCUAAUUGCAUUGCUGCAACUCAUCACCCACUUCGCUAACAAUUUGAGACUGCAUCAUCAACUCCCACCCUUAAUCCCCCCCACCCUAAUCCCUGUCAGGUGAUUUUAAUUCUAAUCUAAUCUAGGAGAUUCAAAUAUUACAUAUUACUAUUUUAAAUUGUAGCCGAAUUCUAACUGAAUUCGUUUAUAGCCGAAUCCUUACUGGAUUUGUGAGAUUAUAGCUGAACAACACUCUACACUUAAGUGAUUAUACAAAGUAAGACUUACCUCUUGUACAGAAAUAGUUCUACGAUUUCUUGGACAGAAACUCUUCUAGACAAUUUGAAACCUUGAAUAUAUGAUAUAUUAUAAACAUAAAUAAAUCCAACAACGAACUGAGAUGAGAUAUAUAGUUGAAUUUGUAUAAUAUUUAAAUAAGUAAUAUCAAUCACAAUAUAUUAUUAUUAAGUACCGAUAGGUGAUAAGUUACAAAAAUUAUAUAAUAUAGGUAACAAGGCAAUGUUAUGGAGAAAAGAUAGAGCAAGAAGAUACAUACCCCAUGUUUUAAAGAAUUCAUUUAAAGUUUGGAAUUUUUGUAUCAAAUUAUGAUGUUGUGUAUCAAGUUAAGAUGAUACUGUAUCUUACUGAUACAUUAGAUUGGAUUAGAAUGGUAAAGCUGCGUUUACACCAAAGUUAUUAACAAACUGUUUAUU